AUGAUCGGAGGUGGUGCACGGAAUGUUAUUCUGCUCUUACAGGCGAGUGUUCUACCGUUCAGCCUGUGGACGCUUGCAAUCAACGGACAACAUUCUGCUGCUGAAUCAUCUACUGCCGCAGCCGUAGGAGCAUUGCUGAAGCUCAUCGGGACAUCUCUGAAAGUAACUGCCUUUGUAGAAUGCUGGGAUGAAGAUGAAAGGCUUGAGUUUGCAAAAAUCAGUCUUCAAAGUGGUCAGCACUUUUGGCAAUUCGUGAGUUCAAAAGACGCACCCGUUGGAGAAAAUGGCGACAGGAAAGAUGCCUUAAAUCAAUGGUAUUCCACGCUCGAUGCUGACAUUGAAAGCCACCAAUCGCUGGUGCUGGUGGAUCUACGAUGCAAUCAAUCGAUGCGCCUGUUGAGAGAAGCAGGACAGCGCCUUUAUUUGAAUUACCGUUGGUUAGUAAUGGAUUCACGUAGAAUCGAUGGUAACGUGGUGCCGAAUUCAUCUGAGCACACGCUGGACGUUCUGCGCGAUCUGCCGGUUUUAGUGAGCAGCGAGAUUUUCGUGAUGGUUAGAGACGACGAUGGAUCCUUGAACUUCAUGCAAGUUUAUAAAGUGAGCAAGGAUGCGGAGUUGCGAACGGAAAACUAUGCUGUGUGGCGUUCGAAUUCUACCAACGGUGGAAAAAUGACCGAUUUACGCGUACAGAAGGUCACCUCGGUUAGGCGUAAGAACCUGUACGAUCACUUUUUGCGCGCUUCCAUGGUAAUCACCAAUCCCGACACGAUCAACCAUCUAACGGACUACAAAGACAAACACAUCGAUACGAUUACGAAGGUGAAUUACAUCUUGACGAACUACUUGGUGGCGUACCUCGGGGCACGGGUCAAUUAUUCGCGUGUCUCAACCUGGGGUUAUUACAACAGCAGCACUGGGAUGUGGGACGGUAUGAUAGGAGAGCUGGUCCACAAUACAGCUGAUUUGGGUGCUUCGCCGCUGUUCUUUACAACUGAUCGAAUCGCGGUCAUCGAGUACAUAGCCAUGACGUCCGAAACGCGCUCAAAGUUUAUCUUCCGUUCACCGAAGCUUUCGUACACGGAUAACGUGUUCGUGUUGCCGUUUGAUGAUAAAGUUUGGUGCUGCGUAAUUGCAGUAAUCGUUGUUUCUGCCUUCCUGCUACUCGUCACACUGUGGGUCGAAUGGAAAAUAAAGUCCCGAAGCGGCAAUAAACCUACUCAAACACCUGCCGAUGGCUCAGUCAUGCCUGUCAGCCUUCGCGAUACGUUGCUGAUGAUGUACGGAGCUUCCUGUCAGCAGGGUUCGUCCGUUCUACCACGCAGCUUUUCAGCCCGCACGAUCACGAUGCUGUCGUUCACGGUGCUGAUGUUUUUGUAUGCCAGCUACUCGGCCAACAUCGUCGCCUUGCUGCAGAGUCCGUCGAGGAAAAUUCAAACGCUUGAUGAUCUGCUAACGUCGCGGCUCAAGUUCGGUGUACACGAUACGGUCUUUAAUCGGCACUAUUUCACGCAUGCGACUGAGAGAACUCGGCGCGCGCUGUACGAGCAGAAAAUACGCAGACCGUAUGGGCCGGAUGCGUUCAUCGCGCUCGAACAGGGCAUCGAGCGGAUUCGGCAUGGAUUGUAUGCGUUUCACGUGGAGCAGGGCGUCGGCUAUAAGGUGAUCAGCGAGACGUACCAGGAGGAUGAAAAGUGUGGUCUGCAAGAGAUUCAGUAUUUGCAGGUGAUCGAUCCGUACUAUGCGAUCCAGAAAAACUCCUCUUACAAGGAGAUGAUCAAGAUCGGAUUAUUUCGGCUGAAUGAGCACGGCAUUCAGUACCGAGAGAACGCAAAGUUGUACACCAAAAAACCUACUUGUUCCGGGGGCGGCGGGAAGUUCGUAUCGGUGAGUCUGGUUGACGUGGAACCGGCCGUGUGGAUUAUCCUGUGGGGUGGUGGGCUUGCGGUGGGAUUUUUUGUUGUAGAACUCAUCUAUUCGCGAGCUCUGCCUCGUUUGAUGAAAGGAAGAACGGAAUGA